UGGCACCAACAACUAAGGCAAGUCUUGUACAAUACAUAUACCUCCACACUAUCUUUGCUCCUAGAAGAAACUCCCUUCUACCUCAAGACUCCAUCUUCAAACAAAAAAAGAGGUUACAAAAGAUGGAAUUCUGCAUGAGAAUUACCAAGCAUCUAUUGCUUCAAGAGGUUGGAAAGAGCAUUAAGAACAACUUAGUGUUGUCUCCAUUAUCGAUCAAUGUCGUUCUAAACAUGGUGGCUGCUAGAUUAGCUGGCCCUGCUUUAGAACAUGUGAUGGGCCAUUUAGGGUUCAAAACUAUCUCUGAUAUUCAUUCCAACUCUUCUGAGAUCAUGGCGGUCGCGGCUGGUGAUGGAGAGAAUGGGGGUCUUGUUUUUACUAUGGUGAAUGGUGUUUGGGUUGAUAAAGAGUUUGCUUUAAACCCUAGUUAUGAGGAGGUUCUUAGAGAGAUAUUUGAUUGUGAAUUCAAUACUGUUGAUUUUCAAACUCAGGCUGAGGAAGUGAUAGAAGAAGUGAACACAUGGGCUGAGAAAGCAUCGAGAGGGCUUAUCACAAACAUUCUAGAACCUGGUUCCUUAGAUCCAAUGACACAACUUGUUCUGGCAAACGGACUCUACUUCAAAGGAACAUGGUCCAAAAAAUUUGAUGCAAAUCUCACUCGAAACCGAGACUUUUAUCUUCUCAACGGAGAUAAAAUUUCAACCCCAUUCAUGUCUAGUCGAAAAGACUAUCUAUUCAGAUCAUUCAACGAUUUCAAGGUCCUCAAAAUACCAUACCAUUGUGGGAAUUUCAAAUCACUCGACAACACCAAAAUCGAUGACAUCAAUACCGAUGACUCCGAUUACGACUCUGAUUACGACAACACCAACGACGGCACCCCCCGAUUCUCUAUGUUCUUCUUGCUCCCAAACAAGAUAGACGGACUUCCAAAUCUUUUGGAAAAGCUAAAUUCCGAUUAUGGGUUGUUGGAUCAGAGCCUCAUGAACUUGUGGAAAGCGGAGCUCGACAAGUUUUGGAUCCCGAAAUUCAAAUUCUCGUUCGGUUUUGAGGUUUGCAAGGCCAUGGAGGACAUGGGAGUAUCAUUGAAUGUUAAAUCAGAAACAGUUGUUUCAGCCAUUCUUCAUAAAGCUUGUGUUGAGAUAGACGAGGUAGGUACUGAGGCUGCAGCCAUUACUGUCAGCAUGUUGAUGGGAUGUUCACUCUAUGAGCCGGAAAAACAUAACUUUGUUGCGGAUCAUCCUUUCUUGUUCAUGAUCAAGGAAGAGGUUUCGGGGUUGGUUAUUUUCACAGGUGCAGUACUCAAUCCGGCAGUUUCGCUUUAGUUUGAAGGUGGGGAAGUUCAAUUAUCGUGUUUAGUUUAGGAAUUUUGAGUUGCAAUAAUGCAAAUUAUGUAUUGGAGAUUUUAGUUGGAAAUAAGGAAAAGUUAUGAUCUAGUCUUUUAUAAUCAACUUUAACCUUGCAAGAUGAAAACAGUAAAAAAAUAUAUGUAUUGUUUUUGGUUUUUAGAUGUGAAUAUUUUUGAGCA